AUCUGAGAAGGGGGGAGUGAGAGAAGUGAGGGACUGGGAGUGUUGUGUGAAAAGAGUGCAGGCCAACGAGCGAGACAAAAGAGGCUGCGGCUGCAUUGAAUGUGCCGGUGGUGUGUCCGUCUCCGAAGCCACAAGCAAACCACAUUUCCCCCCUCUGGCCUUUAUGCUACUGACGGCGAAGGGAUAUCGGAAAGGGAAACCAAUUGCAAUAUUGUAAUUGCUGGAAGCGCGAAGUUGAGGACUUGGAAGAAAGCUCCCCUGGACCCGGGUGUUCCUCCUCUCCUCUCCCCGUCCUUACUACACGUCGAGUGCGGUGCGGUUUGGGGCUGGAGAUAUAACCCAGAACAAAGGAGUCUUGAAGCAAGGAAUGAGCGAGCCGAGACUAGCUUUGCCAUUACCUUUGAAACCGGGCCAAAUGCCUCUCUGAGACCAACAAUAGUACAUUGGCUGCUCGUAUUUCUCGACGAAGCUUUCCGCCCCAAAAGAGAGCAAGAAGAAGGACAAAAAAAGGCGCACGGAGACACACAAGUCGGCGGCUACAAUGUUUCCUCAAAACCGACCACCGGCACCUCUGCAGCCACCCCCGGGGUCCUCCGCCUCAGUGGUGGCAGCUGCAGCAGCAGCGGCGGCAGCGGCAUCGGGGACGCCCCAGUCAUUGAAACUAACCUAUCCAGAAACUUUGGACCGCAUCAAGGAGGAGUUUCAGUUCCUCCAGACCCAGUACCACAGUUUGAAAAUGGAAUGUGAGAAACUGGCUACAGAGAAGACUGAGAUCCAGAGACACUACGUGAUGUAUUACGAGAUGUCCUACGGCCUUAACAUUGAAAUGCACAAACAGACGGAGAUUGCCAAGCGAUUGAACGUGAUCUGUGCCCAGCUCAUCCCAUUCCUGUCACAGGAGCACCAACAACAGGUGGUCCAGGCCAUGGAGCGCGCCAAACAGGUGACCAUGGGGGAGCUAAAUGCUUCGAUAGGGGUACGUGGGCUCCCCCCUCUGCCUCAUAGCCAGCAGCUUCAGGCCCAGCACCUCUCCCAGCAUGCCCAGGGUUUGCCAAUGGGCCCACACCCAUCAGGACUGCCCCACCCCGGCUUGGCACUCAGCGGAGGAUCCGGUCUGCUGGCCCUGUCCGGGGCCCUAGGGGCCCAACUGGCUGCCAAGGAUGAGAGAGCGCACCUAGAGGCAGCAGUCGCGGCUGCCGCUGCUGCAGAGCACCACAGAGACCGUGAAGCAGGACCAAGCUCUCUCUCCAAUGGGGAUAAGGGUCGCCAAGCAGACUACCUCAGCAACGGCAAGAAGAGGAAAGCUGAUGAGAAGGAGUUCAUGACCGACUAUGGCAGCGAUGCGGAUAAGAGUGAUGAUAAUUUGGUGGUGGAUGAGGACCCGUCGUCCCCCCGCAGCGUGCAGUCCUACUCAUCCAGGGAGAACGGCCUGGACAAGAUACCCCCGUCCCGUAAGGAGGGCCCCCCGCAGGCCAGCCCCACCUCCCUGGCCUCCUCCAGCAGCGCUGCCUCCCCGUCUCGUGGCAAAGAGCCCCCACAGAGGGAGAAGUCCAGUACUCCAGGUAUGAAGCCAGGGACCCCCAUGUCUCAAGAGUCCAACACUCCAGGACCCAGCGGACCUCCACAGUUCAGACCGGUCCUUGGCAAGCCUGGUGUCGACCUCGCUUUGGGUCUGAGAAACCCCUUGGCUGUGCAGGGAGCGUACCCUCCAGGGGCUUUCGGCCUGCCCCCUCCAGGGGUGAACGGGGACCUGCCUGGGGCGGCGGGCUAUGGCGCUGGCCUCCACUUGGUCUCCCCCCAGAUGAACGGAGCAGCAGCUGCGGCAGCAGCAGCUGCCGCAGGCUACGGACGGUCCCCUGUGGUGGGCUAUGAGUCUCCACACCCCCAUAUGAGGGUCCCUGGGCUGCCUGCCAGCCUGCAGUCAGCCACCUCUGGAAAACCCGCCUACUCAUUCCAUGUGAGCGCAGACGGCCAGAUGCAGCCGGUGCCCUUUCCCCCAGACGCCCUGCUUGGCCCCGGAAUCCCUCGCCAUGCCCGUCAGAUCCACACCCUGAGCCACGGCGAGGUGGUAUGCGCCGUCACCAUCAGCACCUCGACACGCCACGUCUACACCGGAGGCAAGGGCUGCGUCAAGGUGUGGGACAUCAGCCAGCCUGGUAGCAAGAGCCCCAUGGCCCAGCUGGACUGUCUGAACAGGGAUAACUACAUCCGCUCCUGCAAGCUGCUCUCCGACGGGCGAACCUUGAUCGUCGGCGGGGAGGCCAGCACGCUGUCGAUCUGGGAUUUGGCCACGCCCACUCCUCGCAUCAAGGCGGAGCUGACGUCAUCUGCUCCCGCCUGCUACGCUCUGGCCAUCUCCCCUGACAACAAGGUCUGCUUCUCCUGCUGCAGCGACGGCAACAUCGUAGUCUGGGACCUUCACAACCAGACUCUGGUCAGGCAGUUCCAAGGCCACACAGACGGAGCGAGCUGCAUCGACAUCUCCAACGACGGCACCAAACUGUGGACGGGAGGGUUGGACAACACGGUCCGCUGCUGGGACCUACGAGAGGGACGGCAGCUCCAGCAACACGACUUCACCUCGCAGAUCUUCUCUCUGGGCUACUGUCCGACAGGCGAGUGGCUGGCUGUGGGAAUGGAGAGCAGUAACGUGGAAGUCCUGCACGUCUCCAAACCUGAUAAGUACCAGCUGCACCUCCACGAGAGCUGCGUUCUUUCACUCAAGUUCGCCUACUGCGGUAAAUGGUUCGUGAGCACAGGCAAAGAUAACCUCCUGAAUGCCUGGCGGACACCUUAUGGAUCCAGCAUAUUCCAGUCUAAAGAGUCGUCGUCGGUGCUCAGCUGCGAUAUCUCCCCCGAUGACCAGUUCAUUGUCACUGGCUCCGGGGACAAGAAGGCCACAGUCUACGAAGUUAUCUACUGAACUCUUAUUGGCUGGGGGAUGGGGUGGGUGGGGGGAUGGCGAAUAAUCAGGGGGCGGGGCCAAGGCUCCCUCCUGCACCAAUGACUGUACAGAGCGUCGGUGGCAUGGAAAAGAAGAGACAUUCAAACUCCUACUUUGUUGUUUUGUUUACGUUUGUGAAAGAAAUGCAAGAGAAAGAUAAGCAAGGGGGCACAAAGUCACAUCUCUGGAAAAAAAACAAACUUUGAACAUUGUUUUUAAUGCUCUGAGAACGCUGGUUAGUCUGUAGCUGCGCAGUUGUGGAUUCCUCCAAAGAACUUAUGUUUUUGUUCCUUUUUUUCCUGUUUUUUAACAAAAUAAAACCUCUGUAGUGAACAAGAAAUUAGCAAAAAAAAAUAUUUUUUUAGACUUUGAAUUUUUCGCAGACAGUUGGACCGCAUCGAGUGGAAAAAGAGAGACGUGGGACUGAGGAAGUGGGGGAAGGGUGCGGGUGGGUGGGGGAGCUGGAAACUCUUCAUGGGAAAAAAAUCGGUGCAUAUUCCAUGCUAUGUAAAAAGCCUGGGUCAGCCUGGGUCAGCUUGGCCCGGUUUGGCCUGGUCCGGUCCAGCUCAGUCCAGAGCACAUGGCUGCUCCCAAGGGGCAGCAGAUGCGUGGCAGAUGGCAGGAUGGUGUGCUGUGAAGUUCCAGCUGCUUUUUUUCCCCCCGUCCUGGUUAAAUUUCAGCAGCAACAUGAUUGUAUCAUCCCCAGCACACACAUGACAGAACAGGGCUCGGUUUUCCCUGAAGUGUCUCGAGAGUUUCUCUUUGUUCCUUUUUUUUAUUUGUCUUUUUUCUUUAUAAAAGAACAAAGACUUAUUUUGGGGAGACCAGGCUGGAAAAGAAAACCACGACCCCCGAGGACAGAAAACUGAAGUCUGUUCAAACAGCUCAAAACAGGUGGGCUACUCUCCAAGUUUCGGGGACGUGGUCUCUGCUUCAUCAUCAUCAUCAUCAUCAUUGUCCAUAACACUCCACAUUAAGUUUUUUUUUUUCUAUUGUAUUUGUUAGGGCACAUAUAGGCAGACAGGUAUUUUCAGAACUGCAUCAUGAACCUUAAACCAUGCUAUAUAUGGACAUGUAAAUAAAGUUCUCUAAAGACAAACAA